AUGGCAACCUACGAUUCUCAAACGGCAUCGAGCCCGCCCACUGAAAAGCGUACCGACUCCUCACAGGCCAGCGCCGAGCUGGGCCAGCCCGAGAACCACGCCGCCACGAAUGGCAGCGCCGACAUGUCCAAAGCGCCCGAUGGUGGCCUCGAGGCCUGGCUCGUCGCGGGCGGCGCCUUUUGUGUCUUUUUUUGUUGCCUGGGCUUCUCCAACUCGUUUGGCGUGCUGGCCGACUACUACAUCCAACACCAGCUUCACGGCACUUCCCCCUCCAAGCUUGCCUGGAUUGGUUCGCUGGGUAUAAUUCAACCAGCCGCUAUCCUAUACAUUGUCUCCAUGAUGCUUCUCAGCCUUUGCAAGUCGUACUGGCAGUUUAUGCUAUGCCAAGCAGUGUUGCAGGGCAUCCUUCAGGGCUUGUUGCAAUUCCCCUCCAUGGCAGCGGUUUCGCAAUUUUUUGACGUGAACCGUGCGGCGGCCAUCGGCGUCGCCGUCUCUGGCUCUUCUAUCGGCGGCAUCAUCAUGCCCAUGGCCCUAUCCAAGAUGCUCAACGGCACCAAUUUGGGUUUCGGCUGGAGCAUUCGUGUCAUCGGCUUCCUCAUGCUGCCAUUUUUAGUCGUUGCUGUUUUCACUGUCAAGGCUCGACUCCCACCACGCGCUCGAGCCUUUUGGCUUUCCGAGGCCUUUAGAGACCCCAAGCUCAUUGUCUUGACUUUGGCCACAUUCUUCGUCUUCAUUGGCAUGUUUCUUCCUCUAUUCUUCAUCCCGACGUAUGCCACCAUGCGCGGCAUGCAACCAACGCUGGCCGGCUAUCUCUCUGCAAUCCUCAACGCUUCGUCGACGUUUGGUCGUAUCAUCCCGGGCGUGAUGGCGGACAAGCUCGGCAAGCUCAACGUCUACUCAGUCGGAGCAGUUACCACUGCCAUUGUCAUUUUUUGCAUGAACGAGGCCAAGUCCAACGCAGCUCUGAUUGUUUACGCGGUCAUAUUUGGCUUCACCUCGGGCACCAUCAUCUCGGGUGCCUCGGUCGCCUUUACCGUGUGCUGUCCCGAUGUCAGAGAUGUGGGCACAUAUGCCGGUAUGGGUAUGGCCUUUGCUGCUCUUGGAGGGCUCGUGGGCCCGCCUUUGGACGGCGUCCUAGUUGAGCAUUACAAGGGAAAUUUUUUCCAGGCAGCCGUGUUCAGUGGCAGCGUGUGCUUAUUUGGUGGUUGUCUUGCGUAUGCGAACAAAUGGUUCUUCCCACAGGGCCUGUUGGGGAGGGCCUAA